GACGCAGAAGGCUGCUGCUGUAACCUUGCUCUCUUCUGUUGUUUUCAGAUGUGAGUUUGACGUUAAAACUUUCUUAAACUGUUCGGGGUUUUCGGCGUUUCUCCGCAGCCAUGAGCAGAUAUAUUCUACCGGUUUCCGUGUUCGGUACGGUGGCCGGAAGUGCCGUUUUAAUCAAGAACCGUGUGACUGGGGGCCGCUGUCCCAGCAAGGCUGGGAUUAAAGGGAAGACCGUCGUGAUAACUGGCGCGAACACGGGCAUCGGGAAGGAGACGGCUAGAGAACUGGCCAACAGAGGGGGCCGGAUCAUUAUGGGAUGCCGCGACAUGGAGAAAUGCGAAGCGGCAGCGAAAGAGAUCCGAGGGAAGACGCUGAACCCGCAUGUUUAUGCGUGCCAGCUGGACCUUGCCUCCAUGAAGUCCAUCCGAGAGUUCGCAGAAAGAAUCAAUCAAGAGGAGAAGAGCGUGGACAUUUUGAUAAACAACGCCGGAGUCAUGCGGUGUCCGGCGGGGAAGACGGAGGACGGCUUCGACAUGCAGCUGGGAGUGAACCAUUUAGGCCACUUCUUGUUGACGAACCUCCUGCUGGAGAAGCUGAAAGACUCCGCCCCCAGUCGUGUGAUCAACCUGGCCUCGCUCGCCCACAUUGUCGGAAAGAUCGACUUCGACGACCUGAACUGGGAGAGGAAGAAAUUCGACACGAAGCAGGCGUACUGCCAGAGCAAACUCGCCAAUGUUCUGUUCACCAGGGAGCUCGCCAAGCGGCUAGAAGGCACCGGAGUGACGGUGAACGCCGUGCACCCUGGGGUCGUAGCCACGGACCUCGGCAGACACACCGGCCUGCACCAGUCGCAGUUCUCCACCACCGUUCUCAGCCCGUUCUUCUCCAUGCUGGUGAAGAGUCCGGAGCUCGGCGCCCACCCCAGCGUGUUUCUGGCCGUGGCGGAGGAAAUGGCGGGCGUGACGGGUCGCUACUACGACGUGAUGACGGAGAAGGAACCGGCGCCGCAGGCGCUGGACGACGUGGCGGCGCGGCGGCUGUGGGAGGUUAGCAGCAGGCUGGUGGGCCUGCAGGACGACACGUCGCCUCAAGCCACAACCGGACUCACAGAACCAGAACCAGCUGGAAGUUAGCUUCACUUAGAACAAGGGGGUACAAACUGUGGCCAUUUUGUGGCCAUUCGAUUAAUUUUCAGUUGAACCCAACUGCAGUUCAAGAACUAAACUUUUUCUUUUAAUCUUUUAAAAUAUUAAGUGAGACGAAAAUUAACCAAAAAUUUUACUCAAGUAAGAGUAAAACUACUUCAAAAGUUAGGGGUAAAGCGGGAUUUAAAGUUACCCUUUAAAUAAAAAGGUAGAAAGUUUAAUUAAAGAUGGUGAAUGUUUAAAAUAAUCACUUUGCUCAGAGACUCUGUACUACUGUGUUAGAGUUUCUGUUAAAUAAAGUUGGCCUACAGCGCCCCCUGUCUCCCAAACAUUUACAAGCUGCUGCUUAAAAAUAAAUGACAUGAAGCCUCAGCUGUAGAAAACUGGCAAUUAAUUUAAUUUUGUUUGGAAAAUUUUAUAUUCACAAAUAUAAUUGAUCAUCUUCACUUUUUGUACUAUGUUUAUUUGAAUGUUGUAGGUCACUUAAUAUUUUUAAUUUAUUCUAAUGUUUGUAAUGUUGGCUUUUUGGGGGGUUUGUACCUUUAUUGUAGAAGUCUGUACUCCUGGCACAUUUUAUUUCAUAUUCUGUUUCUCAUUUUUUCUAAGCAAAGGUGUUUUUUUCAAUAAAAAACAAAAGCGAGUGAAAUAUAUUUUAGUAUAUUUUUUAAAUUACUUUUAUUUGGGUUUGUCAUCUCAUGAUGUUUGGAUCCUGGUUGUUCAUCAUGGAGGCAAAAAAGAAUUAAAAUGUAGAAAGAAAAUAAA